AGUCUCUCUCCUUCCAUCUACUUGCUUGUCGCCUACCAUCCACAUAGCAUCCGUACUUUACUUACUACCCACAACAUGCCUAAGACAACAUCAUCGACUAAGAGAGGCUCAGCUGCCAAGAAGGUGACAAAGCCUUCUGCUCACCCGAGUUGGGUCGAUAUGAUCAAGGAAUGCAUUGUUGCGCACCCAGAAGAUGCUCGUAUGGGUGUAUCUCGGCCGACCAUUAAGAAGUUCAUAGAGUCUAAGUACAAGAUCACUAUGGACGCCUUUCAUACCUCGCAACUUUCGCGAGCCAUCGUUUCUGGCUCCGAGAAAGGCACCUUUGUGCUCCCGAAGGGUCGUUCGGGUAAGGUAAAGCUAGCCCCAAAAGCCAAAGCAGACGCUAUCAAAGAGAUACACAAGGCAGAGAAAGAGAAUAAGAAGGCUCCCAAGGUCAAAAUAACUGCUCCUAAGAAGGCCGCCGCUCCCAAGAAAACUUUGACGACAAAAGAGGUAGGCGAAUGGUUGCAUUAUAUGAUCAGAUAAGUAUCAAUGCAUUUAUGUACAGAGUAACAAGCCUUCGCCAACAAAGGCCUCGAGUGGCAAGGCGCAGACCAGUAAGCCCGCCGCGAAGGCUCGAUCCAGGACUGCCAACAAGAAACCAACUCCAAAGACUGUGAAGAAGCGAGCAGCAAAGACAACCGCACCUAAGAAGUCGACUGCGAAAUCGACUGCGAAAACAACUGCCAAGAAGACCUCGACGAAGAAGAAUGAUACUAAGAAGGCUGCUGCGAAGGCGGCCGCGUCCAAGCCGAAGAAACCUGCCUCGAAAGCGAAACCAAGCUCGAAAACAGCUGCGGCUCCGAAGAAGCCGGCUUCCUCCAAAUCCGCGAAGCCUGCUUCAGCGACAACGAAGCCUGCAUCAACGAAAAAAGAUUGAUUGCGUCUCUUACUUAUAUUAAAUUCCGUGCCACCGGGGCCUACUUUCAAACUUAUUGCGACUAUCGUUGUUUGAUUUGGCGAGUCUUGUUAAGGGACGUUCCUUUAUAAGUUGUGUAUAUCAUAUGAUUUAUAUCCGCAUUCUUCUACACUUUAUGUUCUCAUCAUGCACAUGUAUGCUGUCGACUAUCCAUGUAACCAGUGCGGAUAUACGGUGGAUCUUUCCGCUGUAUCUCCCUUUGUGUUUGUUUCUACAUUCUCAAAUU